AUGACGAGCAGUAAGAAGGUGGAGUCAGAGGUCGGGGCUGGCACAGCUAAGAAGGAUUCCAAGAGGAAGAGAGAGUCAUCAGUCAGCGAUGAUGUGGAGGUGAAGAGUCCACCACCAUCACCUCCUGAAGAUGAAGAUGAUGACGGUGUACAGAAGCGUCGUUCCAGCCGCCAGGUCAAGAGGAAGAGGUACACUGAAGAUCUGGAGUUUAGGAUUUCAGAGGACGAUGCCAGUGGAGAUGACUCACCAGCACCAAAAUCCCCGUCUUCAUCAUCCCAACAACAGGAUGUGGCUGAAGCUGAGGGGCCCAUUGUGGAGAAGAUCAUGGGCUUGCGCACCUCCAAAAAACAGCUGGAGGAGGGGGAGGAGGAAGUGGAGGUGGAGGAGUUCUAUGUCAAGUUCAAGGGCUUCUCGUACCUCCACUGUCGCUGGGCAGACUUGCCGGAGCUGGAGAAGGACAAGAGAGUGCACCAGAAGAUCAAGAGGUUUAGGGCAAAGCAACAACUCAACACCUUUAUAACUGAGAUGGAUGAUGAGCCUUUUAACCCAGACUACGUGGAGGUGGACCGUGUCCUGGACAUUUCAGAGAGCACAGAUGAAAAUGGAGAGACGGUGACCUUAUAUUUGGUGAAAUGGUGCAGUCUGCCCUACGAGGACUCCACAUGGGAGCUGAAGGCUGACAUCGACCAGUCCAAGAUAGACGAAUAUGAACGCAUCGCAGCACGCACACCUAACAUUAAGAGAGUGGAUCGGCCUCCUGCAGCCGAAUGGAAAAAGCUGGAGGGCUCCAAAGAAUACAGGAAUAGCAACUCACUCAGGGAAUACCAGUUAGAAGGCCUCAACUGGCUUACCUUCAACUGGUACAACUCACGCAACUGUAUCUUGGCUGAUGAGAUGGGUCUAGGGAAGACCAUCCAGUCCAUUACGUUCCUGUACGAAAUAUUCAUGAAGGGCAUUGAGGGGCCGUACCUGGUGAUUGCCCCUCUUUCCACCAUUCCCAACUGGGAGAGAGAAUUCAGGACCUGGACUGAGCUCAACGCUGUGGUCUACCAUGGCAGCCAGGCCAGCCGCAAGACCAUCCAGGCCUACGAGAUGUACUAUAGAGAUGCACAGGGUAAAAUAAUAAAGGGAGCUUAUCGGUUUAAUGCUGUUAUAACAACCUUUGAGAUGAUUCUGGCUGACUGUCCGGAGCUUCGCAGCAUCCCAUGGCGCUGUGUGGUGAUAGAUGAAGCCCAUCGCCUCAAAAACCGAAACUGUAAACUGCUGGAAGGACUCAAAAUGAUGGACAUGGAGCACAAAGUUCUGUUGACAGGAACUCCCCUCCAGAACACUGUGGAGGAGCUCUUCAGCUUACUCAACUUCCUGGAGCCUGAGAGAUUUCCCUCUGAACAGACAUUCAUGACUGAAUUUGGAGACCUCAAGACUGAAGAGCAGGUUCAGAAACUGCAAGGCAUUUUGAAGCCCAUGAUGCUGAGAAGACUGAAAGAGGAUGUGGAGAAGAACUUGGCCCCUAAGGAGGAGACCAUCAUUGAGGUGGAGCUGACCAACAUCCAGAAGAAAUACUAUCGGGCCAUUCUGGAAAGGAACUUCACCUUCCUGUCCAAAGGGGGUGCAGGAGGAGGUGGCGGCGGCGGCGCUGGAGGAUCCAGUGUCCCCAACCUCCUCAACACCAUGAUGGAGCUGAGAAAAUGUUGCAACCACCCCUACCUCAUUAAUGGUGCGGAAGAAAAGAUCAUUGAUGAGUUCAGGGACUCCCACGGAGGCUGGCCCGAUUUGCCAGACAUGGCUCUCCAGGCCAUGGUCCAGGCUGCAGGCAAGCUUGUGCUCAUUGACAAGCUGCUGCCCAAACUGAAGGCAGGUGGACACAGAGUCCUGGUGUUUAGUCAGAUGGUCCGCUGUCUGGACAUCCUGGAGGACUACCUCAUCCAGAAAAGAUAUCCGUAUGAGCGUAUAGACGGCAGAGUUCGUGGUAAUUUGCGGCAGGCAGCCAUCGACCGGUUCUCUAGACCAGACUCGGACCGUUUUGUCUUCCUGCUGUGUACACGAGCUGGAGGGCUGGGCAUCAACCUUACGGCAGCCGACACCUGCAUCAUCUUUGACUCGGACUGGAACCCUCAGAACGACCUGCAGGCCCAGGCCAGGUGUCAUCGUAUCGGCCAGUCAAAGGCGGUCAAGAUAUACCGUCUGAUCACCAGGAACAGCUACGAGAGGGAGAUGUUCGACAAGGCCAGUCUGAAGCUGGGGCUGGACAAGGCCGUGCUGCAGAGCAUGAGCGGACGGGAAAACGCCAACAGCGGGGUCCAGCAAUUGUCCAAGAAGGAGAUCGAGGACCUGUUGAGGAAGGGAGCCUACGGAGCUCUAAUGGACGAGGAAGACGAAGGCUCAAAAUUCUGCGAGGAAGAUAUCGACCAGAUCCUCCAGAGACGAACUCACACCAUCACCAUAGAGUCUGAGGGGAAGGGCUCUACAUUUGCUAAGGCCAGUUUUGUUGCAACCGGUAACCGAACAGACAUUUCUCUGGAGGAUCCAGACUUCUGGCAGAAAUGGGCCAAGAAGGCUGAGCUGGACCUGGAUGCCAUGAAUGGACGGAACACACUAGUGAUUGACACACCAAGGGUGAGGAAGCAGACACGCCACUUCAGCAGCGUCAAAGAGGACGAAAUGCUGGAGUUCUCAGAGCUGGAGAGCGACGAGGACGAGCCAAGCAAACCCUCAUCCAAACCACGACGACCCCAAGACAAAGCCCAGGGCUACCCCCGGUCCGAGUGCUUCAGGGUGGAGAAGAACCUACUGGUCUAUGGAUGGGGCAGGUGGAGUGACAUCCUGGCCCACGGUCGCUUCAAGCGCCCUCUCAAGGAGGCGGAUGUGGAAACCAUCUGCAGAGCCCUGCUGGCCUACUGCCUGCUGCAUUACAGAGGAGACGAGAACAUCAAAAGUUUUAUCUGGGACCUUAUCACCCCGAGUGAAGAUGGGACCACUAAGACGCUGACCAACCACUCCGGUCUAUCUACCCCAGUGCCUCGGGGUAGGAAAGGCAAGAAGGGGAAGCCCCAGGCCCCACCUCCACAGACCCCGCGAGCCGAUUGGCUGGCCAGCUGUAAUCCUGACCACUUACUGCAAGAGGAUAGCUACAAGAGACACCUGAAACAUCACUGUAACAAGGUGCUGCUGAGGGUGAGGAUGCUGUAUUAUCUGAGACAGGAAGUCAUAGGCGACCAGGCCGAGCACAUCCUGGAAGGAGCCGAUACCAGUGAGCUUGAUAUCUGGAUUCCCCAGCCGUUCCAUGCUGAGGUCCCAGCCGACUGGUGGGACGGUGAGGCCGACAAAUCCCUGCUUCUCGGUGUCUUCAAACACGGCUAUGAGAAGUACAACUCAAUGCGGGCCGACCCCACCCUGUGUUUCUUGGAGAGGAUGGGCAUGCCGGACGCCAAGGCUAUCGCCGCUGAGCAGAGGGGUGCCGACAUGAUGGCAGAUGGCGUUGAGGGGGAGGAUGAGGAUCCAGAGUACAAGCCAAUGCGAAUGCCUUUUAAAGAUGAAAUGGAUGACUUCACCAACUCUCCGCUGGAUGACACAAUAGAGGGAGACACUGAAGCCACUAAAUCAAGUGAAAACGGUCAAAGUGCAACUACUGGGGGCGGAGCUUCAGGCUCCAACGAGCGCCUUUAUUGGCCUGCAGCCUCAGCUCUGACAGCCCGCCUGCGUCGCCUCAUCACAGCAUACCAGCGCUCCAACCGAAAAGAGCAGCUCCGCCAAGAGGCCCUCAACCGCCCUGAUGGUCGCCGCCGUCGACGCAGGGACUUCCUGCCUUCCAUCCCCAUGGUUACCGAGGCAGGAGGAGGGGCAACCUACAUCCAAGAUGGAGCGACAGUGUUCCUGACAGAAGGAAGCCCAUAUCUGGCCAAAGGAAGUGCUUACUUUGCCAAAGGUGGACAGUUGAUAUCAGAGUCCUCACCAGUGAUGGCGGCCGGCUCCCUGAUGGCUGACGGAGCCAUGUACUACAAGGAGAGAAGACAAAGAUGGACUCGUCGUGAGGAGGCAGAUUUUUACCGCGUUGUGUCAACCUUCGGUGUCGUCUUUGACACCCAGCAUCAGAAAUUUGAUUGGUCACAGUUCAGGGCCUUUGCCCGAUUGGACAAAAAAACAGACGAGAGUCUGGAGAAAUAUUAUUACUCUUUUAUUGCCAUGUGCAAACGGGUCUGCAGGAUGCAGGUCAAGACUGAAACAGAACUCCCAGACCCAACCCUGAUCAUCGACCCUAUCACUGAGGAGCGUGCCUCUCGCACUCUGUACCGCAUCGAGCUGCUCCGCCGCAUUCGAGAGCAAGUCCUCCCCCACCCCUUGCUUUCCGAGCGCCUCAAGCUCUGCCAGCCCUCUCAAGACCUCCCAGAGUGGUGGGAGUGUGGCCGCCAUGACAGGGACCUCAUUCUGGGCGCCUCUAAGCACGGUGUGAGCCGGACAGAUUAUCACAUCUUAAAUGACACUACGUUGGACUUUCUGGAGGCCCAUCAGCGCUUCAACAGCCAGCGAGGGGCUGGGAUGGGCAUGGGAACCCAGGGAGAGAUGACCAAAGCUGGAAUGGGAACUGCAGAAAGCACCCCUGCACCUCUCCUUACUCCAGCAGAACUGGCGAGCGCUGCUGCUGCUGCCAAAAUUGCUGUUAGUGCAGCUGAAGAGGUGAAGACUGAGGAAGGAAAAACAGAAAUUGAGGUGAAAAAGGAAACUGAUGAAGAUUCCAACGACAUUCCAUGUACCAAGACUGAAACCCCUGAUGAACAGAAAAAUAAUGAGGGAGAGGUUGGAAAAGAGGCUACUGCUUCACCAAGAAAGGAGGUCAAUCAGGAGGAAGCCCAGCCAAAAGUAGAAAAAGAGGAGAAGGAAGAGGUGAAAGAAGAGCAGAGAGAAGACGAGAAGACUUCCAAACCAGCAGAAGAGGAAUCUAAAGACUUGACAGAAGAGAAGAGUCUGAGCCUUGACUCUCAAAGGGACCAGGAGGAAAUGACCAUUGAGCUCUCAGAACAUCCUGAGUCUUCUCCUAAAUCACAACCAGGCCACAAGAUUGAGAGGGAGGAAGAGAGAGAGGUGAAGGAGAACCCAGAGUCUCCUAAAUCUCUUAAGUCAGCUGACACAGAGAAGAGCCCAGAGGAGGAAGAGGAGGAGAGGAUGGACGAAGACGACAAAUCAGAGAAAUCCUCGCAGGCUGAGGCGAGUGCUGCAUCAGAACAGAAGAACUUUGAUGAGGAGAGCAUCGCAUCUCUGAGCACAUCAGCCCGCGACGAAACCAGAGAUGGCUUCUGCCCCGACGACCUACCGGAAACUUCUGCACUGCAAGCCUUACAGGACCGUGCCUAUGCCUUCUCAUUCUGGCCUAAGGAUCGAUUGAUGAUUAACAGGAUGGAUAACAUCUGCGAGACUGUCCUGAAGGGCAAGUGGCCUGUCAACAGACGCCACAUCUUUGACUUCCCCGGCAACCUGUUGCCAGGGCAUGGCUCCGCAGUAACCACGGCAGCUGUAGCCACGGCAACUGACAGCCCACUGCAGAGGCGGAGCCUGGCUGAGCUGACGAUGGCGGGCAUCCAUACACCUUACAGUGGGAAUGAUGAUACAACACUAUCGCCACAGGUUCAUGAGGGCGCUCUGAGCCUGACAAUGCCCAGACAGAGGAGGAGGAGAAGAAGAAAGAUCGAGAUAGAGGCAGAGAGGGCGGCCAAGAGACGCAACCUGAUGGAGAUGGUGGCUCAGCUUAGAGAGAGCCACGCUGCUGCUGAGUCCCAGAGCCAGGCUAUAGACCUAACCAAGGGUAUGCAUCAUCACCACAAGGCAUCUCCCUCAUUGGCUGGAUUUCCCAGUGCCCUGGUGACAAGCUCCUCCCUCAAGGCCCAGAUGGAGUUGCUUCAGCAAGCGCCAACCUCUGGACAAAGAGCCAACGGUUCACUGGAGGCUGACCUGCCCAUCAUGAGAAGAAGACGAGGCCGCAGGAAAAAUGUGGAGGGCCUGGAGUUGCUCUUCAUGGGCAACAAGAGAGCAGGAGGGGAUGAUGCUGACGGGACAAAGGUCUCAGUGGGGGAGAGGGUUCAGGAUUCCACCCGGGCCCACAGAUCGAACACCAUCCCAGAGCAGAGCCCUAGUGCCAGAUCUAUGGCUUCUGGCAGUAUGGAAGAGGAGGAGGCAGCAGUGUCAAACAAGGAGCUGGGAGAGUGGCUGAGGCAGCACCCGACGUACACCAUGGACAUGGCUGGAUUCACACCAAAGAAUGAGGAGUUACUGUUGUCUCAGUUCUCUAAGCCCAAGCAGAAGCGCCAUCGCUGUCGAAACCCCAACAAGAUCGACAUCAACACCCUGACUGGAGAGGAAAGAGUGCCUGUGAUCAACAGACGUAAUGGACGCAAGAUGGGCGGGGCUAUGGCUCCACCAAUGAAGGAGCUUCCCAGAUGGCUAUUGGAGAACCCAGAGUUUUCUAUUGCCCCUGAUUGGACAGACAUCGUCAAACAGUCGGGUUUCCUCCCAGAAGCCAUGUUCGACCGCCUUCUGACUGGCCCUGUCGUCAGGGAGGAGGGCGUCCGUCGCCGGGGGCGACGACCCAAAUCUGAGAUCGCCAAGGCAGCAGCCGCUGCCCAGGCUGCUGCAGCAGCUCAGGCUGCCCAGGCAUCACUGGCCAAUGUUGCUUCAUCUGCAG